UUCUGCAGUGUUAUCCAGUCACAGUGUGCUAAAAUUUUAGGGGUGUUUCCAAUUCCUUCAAUAAGUCACCAAGUUGUCUACCAACCAAUUUGGAAAGAAUUGUCUUUGCGAGGCCACCAAGUGACCGUUUUGACUCCGAAUCCGUUAAAUGAUGCGAAUUUGACCAACUUGACUGAAGUUGAUCUCGGCUUCACGUACGACUAUUUUCGAGAAAAUGAUAUUGCCACAAACAUGGCUAAAGAUAAUUACGCUGUGGAUGCCACAUUAUGGCUAUUUGACAUGAUUGAACACAUAACUGAAGAUCAUUUCAAAACAGCUGCACAUAUUUUUAAUAAUCCCAAAACUGAAUUUGAUUUGAUUAUAGUCGAAACGUUGCACCCUCUGGUUUAUAGUUUGGGUUGUAAGUACCGAGUUCCAAUAAUUGGAGUUUCUUCGUUGGGAGUUUUCUUGGAAACUCAUGAUGCGGUCGGAAACCCCACUCACCCGAUUGUGGCGCCUGACAUUUUAGCAAAUGUUGAACACUUCUCCAUGUACGAAAAAAUUUGUAGUAUUGUGCACAAUGUGUGGUUCCGUAUCGUCUACUAUUGGCAAAUCUUGCCAAGAAAUGACCAAAUUGCGAGAAAAUACUGGGGCGAGUGUCCCUACCUUGGCGACAUUGAACGAAAUGUAAGCCUGGUUUUGGUCAACACUAACCCCAUCUUACACCCAAUUCGGCCCAACGUUCCCACGAUUGUCGAAAUGGGACAAAUGCAUAUUACGACUAAAAAACCAUUACCAAAAGAAUUGAAAGAUUAUUUGGAUAGAAGCACCGAAGGGUUUAUUUAUAUGAGUUUGGGUUCAAACAUCAGAAGCUCUAAUUUGUCUCACAAUACUGUGGAAAUUUUAACUAGAACUUUCUCAGAAUUGCCUUACAACGUUUUAUGGAAAUGGGAAACUGAUACUUUCCUGAAUAAACCCAGUAACGUGUUAACAAGUAAAUGGUUUCCUCAGCAGAGUAUUUUGGGACACAAAAACAUCAAAGUUUUUAUUACGCAAGGAGGGCUUCAGUCGAUGGAGGAGGCUGUCACAAAUAGUGUACCCCUCGUAGGUAUGCCUUUUAUUGCAGAUCAGCCCUUAAAUGUCAUGAAAAUGGUAAAAAUGGGCAUUGGCCGCAGCGUCAAUCACAAGACGAUGACCAAAGAAACUUUAAAAGAAGUUAUUCUGGAUGUUAUAAAGAAUGAAAAAUAUAGAGAAAAAGCCAGGCAGCUGAAAGAUUUAUUUUCCGACCAGCCAAUGACGGGUUUGGAAAAAUCCAUAUGGUGGAUUGAGUAUGUGAUAAGGUACAAUGGAGCCCGACAUUUGAGGAGUUCUGCGGCCGAUAUGUCUUUAAUCGAGUAUUUUUUACUCGACGUACUUGCCUUAUUUCUGAUUGGUUUCACGGUUUCUGUUUAUCUCUUUUAUUUGUGUAUGAAAAUCGUUAGUAAAUUAGUUCGAAGAAGUAAUAAUAAAUCGAAACAAGAAUAAAAACAAUUUUUUGUCGAAUUCAAUAAAAUUUU